AUGAUGCACCCGUCGCGCCAGGCCUAUGUCGAAGAGGCCCAAGAGGUCAGUCCCUCCAUGCCCCAGCCCGCUGUGAGGCUGAGAGCACCUACUAAUACAUCUACUCCCAAACAGGAUCGCGGCAUCAGUCUCGAGGAUCUGCCCACGGACCACGACUAUGACCUACCUUCCGCAAGCGCUGGCAUCGCGCCGGAGAAGGCCUCGGCCAUCUUGUCGCAACUGAACCGGAAACGUCUCGCUGCCAGCAUAGCAGUGCCCACCGACGAUGGACGUGUACGAGCGCGGCUGCGGGAGAUGGGCGAGCCCAUGACGCUCUUCGGGGAGGGCCCUGCCGACAGGAGAGACCGACUGCGCGAGCUCAUGGCGGUGCGGGCCGAGCAGCAAGCUGCCGGAGGGGAGGCGGCCGACGUCGACAUGGAAGAUGCGCCCGAAGACGAUGCCCAGGACCAGGAAGAGGAAUUCUACACACAAGGCAGCGAAGACCUGUUACGCGCAAGGCAGGAGAUUGCGCGGUUCUCACUUCCGAGGGCGAAGAAGCGCCUGGCGUGCCUGAAGGAGGACAGCAACAUUCCGCUACGCACACACGUCAAGUUCCGCAAGCAGAUCAGGGAGAGACUCCAGGGCUUUGAGCUGCAGGGCAGUCAGACGGCCGGGGACAGACAUGUCAGCAUGACGAGGAUAUCACCGAAUGGGAACAUGGUCGCCGCGGGCAACUGGGGUGGGAGCAUCAAGCUCAUCGAAAUCCCGAGCAUGGAGGAGAAGGGCAUGCUCAGGGGCCACACCAACCGGGUCAGCGGCAUCAGUUGGUUUCCUGGCGCGACAUUGCCAGAGAAGGGAGUAAGCCCGGAUUCAGUAAACCUGGCUUCGGGAGGCGCCGAAGGCCAGAUCAACUUGUGGAGUCUGAACAAGGACACACCAAUCUCGACGCUGGGAGGUCACGCGCAGAGAGUGUGCAGGGUCGAGUUCCACCCGUCCGGAAAGUACCUGGCCAGCGCAAGCGAGGAUACGACGUGGAGACUAUGGGACGUUGAGACGACGACGGAGGUGCUUCUGCAAGAAGGGCACUCAAGAGGCGUGUUCGCCGUCAGCUUCAACACGGACGGCUCUCUACUGGCCAGUGCAGGUUUGGACAACAUUGGUCGGAUCUGGGACCUGCGGUCUGGAAGGACGAUCAUGAUUCUGGAUGGGCACAUGGACGGACAUAUCAAACCUAUCCACGGUCUGGACUGGAGCUCGGACGGCCACCGGGUCCUGACGGGGUCGGCGGAUGGAUGGAUCAAGUGCUGGGACGUGAGGAAGGUGCAAAGGACGGGCGGCAUCGGAGCUCACAGCAGCGCAGUGUCGGACCUGAGGUGGUACAAGGGACUGGACGACCCGGUUGAUGGUAUUCUGCCGCCGGGGCUGGACGACAAGGGCAACCAGCUGCCGCGGAAGACGAGCACCUUCUGCGUGUCGGCCGGGUUCGACAAGAAGGUGAACAUCUUCUCGGCCGACGACUGGUCGCUGAUCCAGACGCUCGAGGGCCACACGGGACCGGUUGCCAGUGUCGAUGUGAGCCGAGACGGCAGAUGGAUCGUCAGUGGAGGGCACGACCGGACGGUCAAGCUGUGGGGCCGCAACGACGGCGAGGCUCUGUGA